UGGUGGAAGAUUGGCAGAAAUAGGUGAGUUGUAGAUUUUGUGGGAAUAGUAUAUACUUGCUCAAACAGAAGAGACAGAUUUUUAUCCAGAACAAAAAAAGCGGAAGAGACAGAGACAUGUAGAGCAGAAGAGAGUAUCCAAGUUGAAGCGGGUGUGGUGUGGGGUCCUCCGGAUAUCAAAUGAAAAAAUUGCAAAUAGCCAACGGGGUCAGAUUGAGAUAAUUUUUGAGGCCAGCGUUUGGAUUUGAAGUUGAAGAAGAUGAUAUUCGUAGAACAAGAAAGAAGACAGACCCAUACUGACUGACAGACUGAUUAAGAGAGCAGAGCAGAGAGAAUGUUUGUUUUAAAAAAUUGAAAAACAGUAUUGAGAGGGAAAUGGGUCUAAGCAGCUCUGCCAGAAUUCCUCUCUUCCUCGCUCUAAGCUCCUUCAGACACCGUCCCUGCAUCUCCAUCACAAACCCAUGUCAUAUUCAUCACCGAUUUCAAUUCUCGUCUCCUGGAAAAUGCAAGCUAAAUCUUCAGAGAUCAAGGGCAAAGAAAGUUACCAGCAAAGUAAACUGUAACUUACUGAAAGUGGAAGAUGACAUAAAUGAUGAAGCAUGCGAGUUAGUCUAUGGUGUGGAACUUUCUAUUGGUGAGGGUGAUGAUAACAUCCAAGCUCAUCUCUUCAAGGCAGUAAAGAACAACAAUGAAACUGGGUUACUGCUCUUGUCUGAUAUUUUUGGCUUUGAAGAUACAGCAACAAGGGACUUCGCGUAUCGUGUUGCUUGCAAUGGUUACAAUGUACUUCUUCCUGACCUAUUUCGUGGAGAUCCAUGGGCAAAGAAUCGACCAAAAACUUUGUUUGAAGAGUGGAUUGCGAAACAAGACCCUCAGAGGAUUGCAAAAGAUAUUUCCACAUCAACAAACUGGAUGAUUGAAGAAUUUUUGGCUGCAGGAAUUUCAAAGAAACUUGGCUUGAUAGGAUUUUGCUUUGGAGGUGGCAAAGUGAUUGAGGUGCUAGCCCGAGACCAGGGCACGCAUUUUGGAAUCGGGGUCUCCUUUUAUGGUACAAGGAUGGACCUGUCUGUAGCAUCUAAUAUUAAGGUUCCUGUGCUGUUUAUUUCAGGAGAUGAUGACCCACUUUGCCCCGUCACUGUCCUCAAGGAUGCUGAGAAAAGAAUAGGUAGAGGUUCAAGGGUAGAGAUUUUCCAGGGAAGAGGUCAUGGCUUUGUACACCGACCAGAAUCUCCUGAAGAAGAUGGGGAUGCAGAGCGGGCUUUCGUGAUGAUGAGAAAUUGGUUACAUGAUGGUUUGGUUGCAAAGAACAGUGAAAUUGUAAAUCCUCUGUAGGAUAGAAAUAUGGAAGCUUGGUUGUAAAGAAGUGAUAAACUUGAAAAUUGGCUAUAUGAUUAACUUCUGUACACUCAUGUUAUAGCUGAAAGUUAAUAAAGUUAAUAAAUUUGUCGCUGCUAA